GGUUGUGUCCACGGGAGGGAAGCAUGAAGACGCCCAGGGCGAACGAACCCUCUGAAGACCGCGACAACCAAGGGCCUGAAAAGAAGAGACAAGAUGUGAAGCAAGCUUCAACCCCUCGUUCCAAGACGGGUUCUGAGGAGAUCCUCAAUUCCGGCAUCUCUGCUGAAGCUCAGGACUCUAGGACUCAGAGGUCUCCAUGGAUGAAUGAAAUGGAGGGUGUACACACAGGGAUCGAGGGACUGCAAUCAGAAAUCGAAGGAGAACAACAAGAGAGGCGGAAUGAAGAGAUCGGAAAUGUACAAGGAGGGAUCGAAGAUGUACAAGGAAAGAUCAAAGGUGUACAAAAAGAGAUUACAGAUCUGUUGAAAGGGAUGCAAGGUCAAAAUGACCCAACGCAGGAGGAGAUCCUCAAGCAGCUUGUAAGCAGCAAGACGCAGCAUGUACAGUACCAGCAGCUGCUUGUAGACAGGGAGAAGCGGCUUGUAGAGGACAAGAAGCGGCUUGAGGGGCUUAUUCCACGUCCUGUGCAACUUCGAGACAGCUUGUCAAGACCUGAAGUGGCAUGCUAAGUUUCUUGAAAGAGCUC